GGACUGGGAGGCCGGGAGCGGGGUGGAGGCCAGAGCAGAGUCCGCUUGGAUCUGCGGGGCCCAAGGCCGCAGCAGUCCCGCCCCCAGCCCACUGUGACCACCCUCUGGGGCCCACAGGAGUUCCUACCCUGCGCACCCCAGGGCUCACUUUGUACUCACUAGGGACUGGCAGACUUCCGGCUUCAGGGACCAUGCCUCUAGGGCUGGGGAAGGGAAAGCCUGGCAAAGUCUGGGCCCUGAGGACACUGGAGGAGAGCGAAUGGGAAGCUUUGGGGUGAGGCACUCGGGUCGUGCUGUCUGGCGGAGCGAGGGCUGCUUGGCAGCAUCAUGAAGGGAAAGUGGUGCCAGCUGCCUGUCCCGGGACCUGCCCAGGCCUGGAGGGUGCCGUCCCGGCCCCCAAUUCCAGCAGGUGGGGGAGGCAUCUCCUCUCCCCGCUGCCUGACUCAGUCACUGCUAAAGCAGUGUUGGGAGGCUGAGUGGAGAAAGAGAUACGGCGUCCCUCCCCAGCUUCCAGGAGUCACAGAGGCUGGGGAGGUGGGCAAGGGAUUGUGUGCGUGGGUUCCCUGGGGGCCGCUUUCUGAGGGUUCCCGCCCAGGUUUUGCCCUUCACUGGCUCUGUGCUCCUGAGCAAGCCCUGAGCAGGGUCCUCAUUUGUCACUGUGGGGUGAAGGAGUAAUCCUGGUUCUCCCUGGCGAUCUGCUACUUGUUAUCAGCAUCAGGACUAGGGAAAGAACAGAGAAGAGGCUGAGCCAUGGGGACCCUUCAUCUCCCAUUUUCUGACAAAUCUUUUUCCAAGCUCAGCUUUCCGGGCACGUCAGUAACCCGGGUUUCCCCAGAAUGCUCUUCAGAUCUUUCCAACUCCUCUGCCCCACCCUCCCCGUGUCCUCCCCUGUCAGGUCUCCCCACCCAGCGCUCCCUGGUUCUCCCAGAGCCCCCACCCCGGCCCUUAUCCCCCAGGGCGGCAAGACCUCUGGUGUCUUCGUCCCUCCCCUGCUUCUCUGCUCUCCUCUCUCUUCGUUUGCUCUCCUCCUGGCCUGUCUCUGACGGUGGGGUUUCUUCUGGUUCCCAGUAUUGGCCCACUCGGCAUGUUGCCUUGCGUUUUGUGUUUAGAUCUGGUGGUGCUCCAGGGAGCGGCUGCAUCAGGUGUUACGUGAGCCAAGCCCUAACCGUGCAGAAGAGUGAGAGCUGAAACCUGCUACCGGAUCAGAAGGCAUCCCUCCCGGGGCUUGCUGGGCUGUGGACACCUCCCGGGCCCCUCCGUCUGGGCCCCGUGGAUAGGAGGGGCCGGCCGAGCAGGCAGCUGGGCUAUGGUUUGCUGCCUCGGUCUGGCCGUCCUCAGCCUGGUCAUCAGCCAGGGGGCUGACGGUCGAGGGAAGCCUGAGGUGGGGUCAGUGGUGGGCCGGGCUGGCGACAGUGCGGUGCUGGGCUGUGACCUGCUGCCCCCGGCUGGCCGGCCCCCGCUACAUGUCAUCGAGUGGCUGCGCUUUGGAUUCCUGCUCCCCAUCUUCAUCCAGUUCGGCCUCUACUCUCCCAGAAUUGACCCCGAUUACGUGGGGCGAGUCCGGCUGCAGAAGGGGGCAUCUCUCCGGAUUGAGGGGCUCCGAGCGGAAGACCAGGGCUGGUACGAGUGCCGAGUGCUCUUCCUGGACAAGCACAGCCCUGAGGACGACUCUGUUAACGGCUCCUGGGUGCACCUUACAGUCAAUUCACCCCCUCAAUUCCUGGAGACCCCUCCCCAGGUGCUGGAAGUUCAGGAACUGGAGCCUGUGACCCUGCGUUGUGUGGCCCGUGGCAGCCCACAGCCUCAUGUGACUUGGAAGCUCCGAGGACAGGAUCUUGGCCAGGGCCAGGGCCAGGUGCAAGUGCAGAAUGGGACGCUGUGGAUCCGGCGGGUGGAACGCCGCAGCUCUGGGGUCUACACCUGUCAAGCCUCCAGCACCGAGGGCAGUGCCUCCCACGCCACCCAGCUGCUGGUGCUAGGCCCCCCGGUCAUCGUGGUGCCCCCCAAGAACAGCACGGUCAAUGCCUCCCAGGAUGUUUCCUUGGCCUGCCGGGCUGAGGCGUACCCCACCAACCUCACUUAUAGCUGGUUCCAGGACAGCGUCAACGUGUUCCACGUUAGCCGCCUGCAGCCCCGAGUGCGGAUCCUGGUAGACGGGAGCCUGCGGCUGCUGGCCGCCCAGCCGGACGAUGCGGGCCGCUACACCUGCGUGCCCAGCAACGGCCUCCGGCGCCCGCCCUCGGCCUCUGCCUACCUCACUGUGCUCUACCCAGCGCAGGUGACAGUGAUGCCUCCUGAGACCCCCCUGCCCGUAGGCAUGCGGGGGGUGAUCCGGUGCCCGGUCCGCGCCAACCCCCCACUGCUCUUCGUCAGCUGGACCAAGGAUGGGCAGGCCCUGCAGCUGGAUAAGCUCCCUGGCUGGUCCCAGGGCCCCGAGGGCUCCCUGAUCAUCGCCCUGGGGAACGAGGAUGCCCUGGGAGAAUACUCCUGCACCCCCUACAACAGUCUCGGUACUGCAGGGCCCUCCCCGGUGACCCGCGUGCUGCUCAAGGCUCCCCCAGCUUUUCUAGAACGACCUAAGGAAGAAUAUUUCCAAGAAGUAGGGCGGGAGCUACUCAUCCCCUGCUCUGCCCAGGGAGACCCCCCUCCUGCUAUCUCUUGGGCCAAGGUGGGCCGGGGGCCGCAGGGCCAGGCCCAGGUGGGCAGCAACAGUAGCCUCAUCCUGCGACCGCUGACCAAGGAGGCCCAUGGGCGCUGGGAGUGCACCGCUAGCAAUGCUGUGGCCCGAGUGGCCGCCUCCACACAUGUCUACGUGCUGGGCACCAGCCCACACGUUGUCACCAAUGUGUCCGUGGUGCCUUUGCCCAAGGGUGCCAAUGUCUCCUGGGAGCCCGGCUUUGAUGGUGGCUAUCUGCAGAGAUUCAGUGUCUGGUAUACCCCACUGGCCAAGCGUCCUGACCGAACCCACCACGACUGGGUGUCGCUGGCAGUGCCAGUGGGGGCUGCUUACCUCCUGGUGCUGGGGCUGCAGCCCCAUAUCCAGUACCAGUUCAGCGUCCUAGCUCAGAACAAGCUGGGGAGUGGGCCCUUCAGUGAGAUCGUCUUGUCUGCCCCCGAGGCUGCCCCCAGUCUUCCGCCCACUGAGAUGUCACCUGCCCUGUCACCUCCCCGAGGCCUGGUGGCAGUGAGGACACCCCGGGGGGUGCUCCUGCAUUGGGAUCCCCCAGAACUGGUCCCUAAAACACUGGAUGGCUAUGUCCUGGAGGGGCGGCAAGGCUCCCAGGGCUGGGAGGUGCUAGACCGGGCCGUGGCAGGCACAGAAAUGCAGCUGCUGGUACCUGGACUCAUCAAGGACGUUCUGUACGAGUUCCGCCUCGUGGCCCUCGCAGGCAGCUAUGUCAGCGAUCCGAGCAACACGGCCAACGUGUCCACUUCCGGCCUGGAGGUGUACCCCUCCCGCACGCAGCUGCCAGGCCUCCUGCCCCAGCCGGUCCUGGCCGGCGUGGUGGGCGGGGUCUGCUUCCUGGGCGUGGCUGUCCUCGUGAGCGUCCUGGCCGCCUGCCUGACCAACCGGCGCAGGGCAGCCCGCCGCCGCCGCAAGCGCCUCCGCCAAGAUGCGCCUCUUAUCUUCUCCCCGCCCGGGAAGUCAGCUCCGCACUCUGCCCCGGGUUCGGGCAGUCCUGACAGCGUGGCAAAGCUGAAGCUCCAGGGCUCCCCGGUUCCCAGCCUGCGCCAGAGUCUGCUCUGGGGGGAGCCCGCUGGUCCCCCCAGCCCCCCUCCGGAUCCUCCACCUAGCCGGGGCCCCUUACCCCUGGAGCCCAUUUGCCGGGGACCAGACGGCCGCUUUGUGAUGGGACCCAGCGCCGGGACCCCCCAAGAAAGGUCAGGCUCUGAACGAGCUGAACCUCGGACCCCAUCCCAGCACCAGGCCAGGUCCUAUGACUGCAGCAGCAGCAGCCCCAGUGGGAUGCCCCAGCCCCUCUGCAUUGCAGACAUCAGCCCUGUGGGGCCCCCUCCCGAGGCCCCGCCCAGUCCUCUGCCUGGUCCAGGACCCCUGCUUCAGUACCUGAGCCUGCCCUUCUUCCGGGAGAUGAAUGUGGACGGGGACUGGCCCCCUUUCGAGGAGCCCGGGCCUGCUCCACCCCCAGAUUACAUGGAUACCCGGCCCUGCCCCACCUCAUCUCUCCUUCAGCCCCUGGACUCCGCCACCGUGUCCCCCAGGGCAGCGCUUCCUGGGGCUGUGGUCGGGGCCGGGGCCACCCCAGAGCCCCUGUACACGGCACUGGCCGACUGGACACUGAGGGAACGGCUGCUGCCAAGCCUUCUCCCUGCCGCCCCUCGGGGUAGCCUCACCAGCCAGAGCAGCGGGCGGGGCAGCGCCUCGUUCCUUCGGCCCCCCUCCACAGCCCCCUCUGCGGGAGGCAGCUACCUCAGCCCUGCUCCGGGAGACACCGGCAGCUGGGCCAGUGGCCCUGAGAGGUGGCCCCGAAGGGAACACGUGGUGACAGUCAGCAAGAGGAGGAACACAUCUGUGGAUGAAAACUAUGAGUGGGACUCAGAAUUCCCCGGGGACAUGGAAUUGCUGGAGACUCUGCACCUGGGCGCGGCUGGCCCUCGACCCCGACCUGAAGCUGAGCCAGAGCUAGAUGUGAAGACUCCAGAGGAGGGUGGCCUCUUGAACGCUGCCCGUGCUUCUGGCCCCGAGGCCCGCUGUGCUGUCCUCCGGGAGGAAUUCCUAGCUUUCCGUCGCCGCCGCGAUGCCACUAGGGUCCGGCCACCGGUCUAUAGACAGCCAGUGCCCCACCCCGAACAGGCCACUCUGCUGUGAGAGCGCCUGAUAGGAGGCUGGGUGAAGGCACACAGAGCCUGCAGAGGGGAGGCCCCAGCAAGCCCUAGCUCCGGCCUGGAACACUGCUCCUGCAGCUCUGGUGGUGGUGGGCUUGGGUGGGCUUGCUAGGAGGUGUAUAUGCCGGGCCCCCGGAGUCCGGGGACUGGGACAGGGAUCUUAGAUCUGCCCGUGUGUGUGUGUGUGUGUGUGUGUGUGUGGUGACGGUGAUGGUGUUUGUGGUGUGGGUGAGGUUUUUUACAGGUGAAUAAAGAAAGUCUGACAAAUGUU